UUUUAUUUAAUGUUCACAUUACAGUUUAAUAUUUACAAAGUAAAGUUUUACAGUUUUACUUUUUUGUACCUAUUGCUUGCGCAGUUUUACUAGUUACCCUUUUAAUUUAUAAUGUUUGUAAUUUUAUGCAGUUAAGUAUUACUUGUGAGUUCGUAUAUUUGUAUUGGGUAAAAAAUUUAUAAAAAGCCCAGAGAUCUUGAUCUGUGACAACUGGGUACAAUUGAAUUAUUAAAUUCACAGAACACACUAUGUGUCACUCCGAGGCUGUGUUUCUAAUUGUAACGCAACCAUAACUAUUUUUUAUAACAAGCGCCAUCUUGACAGUAGCGGGAUUUUAAAAAAUUUUAAUACUUUUUAAAUUUAUUAAUAGUUAUUUCAAGAUAAUUUGAAUUAUAAUUAUGAAAUAGACGUAUAUUAACUUAAAAAUUUUCGUUUUUUUUAUUUUUGUAUAAAAAUCGUAUGAGUCAAGCAGAUAUAUAAAAAAAAAAGUAAAUAAUGUGUAUAGGUGUAGAUUUAGAAGCGCUUUGUGUUCACCAAUCACUGUUCACUUCGACACACCCUUCAAGUGUUAGUUUUUUUUUUUCGAAUGCAAGUGAAACAGUCAACAAUUAAACAAAAUUUAGUGAAAAAUAAUAUUUAUUUCAUUUUGAAUUAUCAUAUUUUAUUUACCAUAAUUGUGUAAAAAUUUUAAUUUGUCAUUUAGUAACAUUGAUAUAAUGAGUGAACAGCAAAUGGAUUGUGCCCUAGAUUUAAUGAGACGGUUGCCACCUCAGCAAAUUGAGAAAAAUCUCAGUGACCUCAUUGAUCUUGUACCUUCCUUAUGUGAAGAUCUCUUGUCAUCAGUGGAUCAACCACUUAAAAUAGCUAAAGAUAAAGAAUCUGGGAGAGAUUAUUUACUGUGUGACUAUAACAGAGAUGGAGAUUCAUACAGAUCUCCAUGGAGUAAUACAUAUGAUCCACCGUUAGAAGACGGCUCUAUGCCUUCAGAAAGAUUGAGAAAACUGGAGAUUGACGCAAAUCAUGCGUUUGAUCAAUACAGAGAAUUGUAUUUCGAAGGUGGAGUAUCAUCAGUUUAUCUAUGGGAUUUAGAUCAUGGAUUUGCUGGGGUUAUUUUAAUCAAAAAAGCAGGCGAUGGAUCAAAAAAGAUCAAAGGUUGUUGGGACUCAAUACAUGUUGUUGAAGUACAAGAAAAAUCAACUGGUAGAAAUGCCCACUAUAAACUUACUUCGACAGCUAUGCUGUGGUUACAAACGAAUAAACACGGGUCUGGUACUAUGAAUCUAGGUGGAAGUCUCACGAGACAGGUUGAACAAGACCAACCCAUCAGUGAAACUUCACCACAUAUCGCUAACAUUGGCCGUAUGGUGGAAGACAUGGAGAAUAAAAUUCGUAAUACAUUGAAUGAAAUAUAUUUUGGUAAAACGAAGGAUAUCGUUAAUGGCCUGAGGUCAGUGCAAUCGUUGGCCGAUCAAAGGCAGCAAGCUGCCUUGAGACAAGACUUAGCAGCAGCAUUACAAAGGCGAAAUGCUAACAAUUGAUCAUGUGAUAAUCAAGAGAGCUUCGAUUACCAUUGUGAUUAGAACAAAAAAAAACUAAUAUUAAUAAUAAUACUACUAAAUAAAAUGAAAAAAAGGGAUUAAGAAUAAGAGUAAGAUUAAUUAAGAAAGGGAAAAAAGUAACAUCAACAGACAUAAAUAUCUACAGUUUAAAUGCGUGGACUCGAACGAUUGAUACCCAUUCAGUUACACUACUUUGUUAUUAUCUAGAUUUAAUGAAUGCAGGGAAUUUAUUAUGGGGCUACUAAAGAGGACACUUAUGUUAUUGUUUGUUUAGAAAUAUACUCGGUCCCCAGUGGUAUUCAGUAUGUUACGUUGCAAAGCAAACACAAUGUAUUUGUAUAAAUAAAAUUCAUUUUGUUAUAAAGUCCUA